AUGAUAGAAAAUGCCAUCAAGUUAGAGGAGCCAGAUAAGAUUGCUCAGGAUGUCAAACAAGAGAUUCUCUCGGGUUCAGAGGAUAUGCCACGUCAUCAUAUAGAUUCAGAACCCAGAAGACGUCGACGCCAUCGGAAAUCGUCUAGAAGCAGAAGUCCAGAAUCUUCCAGAAAACGGAAACGUCAAUCUUCAGAAUUAGAAUAUGAUGAGAUUGCUGACGAUGUCAAAGGAGAGAUUCUUUUGGAUUCUGAAGAUUUUCCACGUCGUGAAGAACCCAGAAGACGUCGACGUCAUCGGAGAUCAUCAAGAAGCAAAAGUCCAGAAUCUUCCAGAAAACGGAAGCGUCGAUAUUCAAGAUCGGAUUCGGAUUCGGAAUAUGAAAGAUUGAAACAAAUCGAAAAAUAUGCUGCCAUAGACACAUUUUUGGCUAAACACAGAAAAGAGUAUUUUGCAAUGGAUACUGAAGAAAAGGUGUUGGCUUCCUAUCCAGGCGGUGGAUUUUUCAAGGCAGACCCAGCAAGUUGGACCAAGGAAGAAGUAGCACAAAAUCGACGUUUUUUGGCUGACCAAAGAGCCAAGCGUGCUAGAUCUGGAUCCUUUGUGAUCUCGGAAAAUUAUAAGAAAAAAUUCGAGAAACGUCUGAAAAAGCUGGAACGAAAGUGCAAUUGCUCACUGGAAGUGCGCCAAGAACGUGGAUACCAAGAGCACUAUUCGAUAUGCAUUGAAGGAAAUGAGGAUGAAAAAGACCUCGAAAAGGCUUAUGAUGUCAUUGAUAAAUUUAUAUUUAAACAGAUGGAUAAGGAAUACGAGAGAUCAAAAUCCAUCCAUCACUAUUGGUAUUUGUUCCCAGCUGAAACUCGAAAUGUCGAAGGAUUUGGAAGGAGGCUUUAUGAGCUUGGGAAUCGUCUUGGAAUCUCCGCCUAUCAGCAUGGCAAACAUGUGUCAACUCCAAUUCACUUUGAAGGAUCCCCAGAUCGACUCCGAGGGAUUCGCGGUCAUUGUGAGCAGUUGACUGAAGACUUGAAGAUAAAAAAAUACGGAAAAAUCAUUCGAAAAUUUCCGAUUCAGAAGAAAUUCGUCGGAAAAAUCAUUGGACCACAGGGGACGGUGAUACGAGAGAUUUCCGAAUGGACCGGGGCUCGAUUGACGGUGGGAAACGUUGAAGUCGAUGGAUGCAACGAAUUGGAGAUCAGAGGAAAUAGUGAGGAGAGAGUGGAGAUUGCAGAGAAACACAUUUUGAGGAUUUUGAGAGAGAAUGGAGGGUGA